AAGUCGGUAACGAUGAUCGGGGAUGUUGUCCUCUUUCUGCGACGUCGAGAGCGGACCAGGCCAUGGCUUGCCUCCAGCUUGGUCCAACCCAACUCAGGUAUAAGUAAAGCCAGAUCUUCCGGAGAGAGAGCAAUGUUCCCAGCUUCACCAGACACCUAAACACUCAAGACAGCCACCACAGCUGGCAAUAACGAGCACCAAGCCCCAAUAAACCACCCAACAACCAAGAUGCAUCUAACCCUCGCCCCCUUCAUCCUCGGCCUCGCCGCGGCCAUGCCCUCCAAACGCCAGGCCAGCGAGGGCACCAUGGGCUUCAUCGGCUGCUCCAUGUCAGAGAACGUCGCCCAGGGCUACGUCGCCAACGGCGGCAAGCACAUGUGGGGCCCCUACGGCACCGGCGGCCUGGUAGUCCAGUCAUGGACCAACACCAACUCCCCGAGCUGGGGCAAGUUUGACCAGCAAGCAACCCAGCAGGGCGGCAAGCCGUCCGAAGUCUGGAUCCAGAUCUGCAUCUUCCAGAACCCGGGCGCCACCUACGACGAGGUCAAGCAGCUGGUCGCCAACGCCCGCCAGCACGCCGCCCCCGGCGCAAAAAUCUACAUUACCGGCCAGCCCCUCUACCCGGACAACCCGGCCAGCUGCUCCCUGGCGGGACCCCAGGGCCCGCAGCUCACCGUUGACCUGGCCAAGCGCGCCGGGGCUGACGCUGCCUUGAAUGUCACCUACCCCGGUGAUUUUAACUUGAUGCGGGGCGAGGUCCAGGACGGCUGCCAUGCCAAUGCCGCCGGCCAGAGCUCGCUGGGCAAGCAGGCUCUCGCGUUCUGGGGCUGAGCGAGUGGGGGGAGGGGGUCGCGUGUGUCUCUGUAGCUAGCAGGGAACGGUUGUGUGCCUCCCUACCUACCUUACGUAUAGGUGCUCGGAAAUGAGGAAACAGUUCAC